GCCUCAGGUCUUUCAGUGUAGAUUAGAUUUUAACAUUUGUGCUGUGCCCUAUUUUACCAUUAUUGGAUUAUUUACUAAAAUGAUGAAAACAGCAAUUAUUGGUUUCGUGCUCGCUUUGGUAGCUGUGUGUAGAUGCGAACCACCUACGAGUUAUGGUACUCCACUUGCACCACCCAUAAACAGCUAUGGAGCACCAGCUGGCAAUGGAAACAACCAUGGUGGCAAUGACGACCAUUAUGAUCACGGAGAACCAAAAGCCUACGAAUUUGGAUACCAAGUAAAAGACGACUACUCUGGCAACAACUACAACAGACAAGAAUCCAGUGAUGGAAACCAAGUGAGAGGCGAAUACAGGGUUGCUUUACCCGAUGGUCGUACGCAAAUCGUAACCUACUGGGCUGACUGGCAAAGUGGAUUCCACGCCGACGUAAAAUACGAAGGUGAAGCCCAAUACCCAGCUGCAACACCAAACAACGCAUAUGGCGCACCAGCCGCAGGUAACGGUGGAUACACCAAUGGGGGAUACGAAGCUGCAGCUACAAGCUCUGUAAACAUCAAAGAUUAUUCCAGUGAUGCCACUCCCUACAAUACCAAUGGAAACAGUGGAUAUAACAAUAACAAUGGUUAUAACAACAACAAUGGCUACAACUACAAUGGCAACAACUACAAUAAUGGAAAUAACUACGACAAUAACUACAAUAAUGGCUAUAAUAAUAACAACAAUGGUUAUAACCACAAUGGUUAUGCUAAAAGACAUGCCAAAAGACAAACAAAGAAUAUGAAGCAUUAGUUGAGUUAAGCUCGCUUUAUAUUGUGUCAUCAUAUUUAUGUCAUCAUCUAUCGAAGUUGUUUUCGAUCUUUUGUAAAUAUUUUAUACCUUUUUUUGUACGCCAGUAUUAUAUCUAUAA